UCUUCAACCUCCAGACCCCGCCUCUCUCAGUCUCUUUCCUUCCCAUGGCUCCUCCGAAAAUUUUACUCUGCGGCGACGUUUUGGGCCACCUCAAGCAGCUCUUUAAACGAGUCGCUUCGGUCAACAAAUCGGCGGGUCCGUUCGACGCUUUGUUCUGCGUGGGCCAGUUCUUCCCCGACUCGGCGGACCAGCUCGACGAGUUCAAUGACUACAUUGAAGGCCGGGCACAAAUUCCUCUCCCAACCUACUUCAUCGGAGACUAUGGCGUUGCAGCCACUAAGGUACUCUUGGCCGCAACGAAAGAUUCCGAGAACCAAGGCUUCAAAUUGGACGGCUUGAAGAUAUGCAACAAUCUCUACUGGUUGAAAGGCAGUGGCAAAUUUAAGCUCCAUGGUAUCAUCUUAAGUCUCUGCUUUGUACUGGGAAAAAUAUCCAAUGUUCGGCAUCAGUUUUCAGUUUUCGGACCAUUUGUGUGAUUUCUUUAACUGACUAUUACUAACAAGUGGCCAAGCGGGAUCACCAAUAGAGCAGCUGCAUCUGAUGUUCCUCCUGGAGCCUCUGAGCCUUUUGGCAGUGACUCUACUGUGGCAGAGUUAGUAGCUGAGAUCAAACCGCGCUAUCAUAUUGCAGGUACAAAAGGCGUGUACUAUGCACGUGAACCCUACUCCAAUGUCGAUGCUGUGCAUGUGACCCGCUUCUUGGGCCUUGCUUCGGUUGGAAACAAAGAUAAGCAGAAAUUUAUUCACGCAAUUUCUCCUACUCCAGCAUCUACAAUGUCUAGUGUUGAGAUUAGUACAAAGUCACCAACCACUACCUUAUCUCCAUACACAUAUGGGGAGAAAACAGAUCAUGCAACAGAAGCUGGAAAGAGGUCUAGUGAUAGCAUUUCCGAUUCACAGUACUGGAGAUAUGAUGUCAACCAAAAAAGGCAGAAACAUGGAGCUGGAGAUGGUAAUAGGCUGUGUUUUAAGUUUGUAUCCUCUGGCUCUUGUCCUCGAGGGGAAAAUUGCAACUUUCAGCAUGAUGUAGAUGCAAGAGAACAAUCUUUGAGGGGUGUUUGUUUCGAUUUUAUGAACAAAGGAAAAUGUGAAAGGGGUCCAGAUUGCAAAUUUAAGCACAGCUUACAGGCUGAAGGUGAGAGCAAUUCUCACCAGAGACGUGGAUCUGGAAAUGCCAACAGUAACAGGUCAACAGAGUGUUGGUUUUGUUUGUCAAGCCCCAAAGUAGAAUCACAUCUAAUUAUCAGCAUAGGGGAGCAUUACUAUUGCGCCCUUGCUAAAGGUCCACUUGUUGAAGACCACGUAUUGCUAAUUCCUAUAGGCCAUUCACCCAACACUCUUUCUUUACCCUCAGAAUGCGAAAUUGAGCUUGGUAAAUUCCAGGAUGCUCUAAAGCAGUAUUAUAAAAAACAAGGGAAGGACGUUGUUUUCUUUGAGUGGGCUUCGAAACGUACAACUCAUGCUAAUCUUCAGGCCGUUCCAGUUCCAUUAGCCAAAUCAGCUGCUGUUCAAAAUAUAUUUAACUUAGCUGCAGAAAAGUUGGGCUUCAAGUUUGAGACUACGAAAUCUGUUAAGAAUUCUGAUGGGAGGAAAAUGUUAAGGACACAAUUUGACAGAAAUUUAAGUUUCUUCUAUGUUCAGCUCCCUGAUGGUACAAUCUUGUCUCAUUCAAUUGAGGAGAAUGAGAGAUUCCUACCCCAAUUUGGGCGCGAGGUUAUAGCAGGUUUGUUGAACAAGGCCGACAGGGCUGAUUGGAGGAAUUGUACAGAUAGCAAAGAAGAGGAAGCCAAGAUGGCGGGAGAUUUCAAGAGUGGAUUUGAAGAAUUUGAUCCAAAUAAGUAACUUCUCUCAAGAGGAAGUAGGACUGAGAGUCCUAAAUUUGUGACAUGAUGUGAUAUCUCGAAUGUCCUUUGCAAUUUCUUUGUCUACUGGUGACGUUCACCAACCUCCGUAGUCCUUAGCAUCCAUAUUCUUACCAAUUUUGAGAACCAAAGCCAAGAUUGCUCAAUGUAUGUCAUUGUUUUGUCACUUCAAGGUUGCUCAAUUUUGACAACGAAUCCCAGAUGUUCUCUAAUGCUUCCUGAACAACUUGUCGAUGGUUCAUUCUCAUUGCAACAAGUGAGAUCAAGAGGUGGCCUUAGUGCACCAACUGAAAACUUAUUGGCUAUUGCAACUUUCAGAGAGUGUUCAAGGAUGAGAACGAGUCCAGUAUGUUUAACCCGAGUGCUGAUUGAUGCCUAUUUUCUUUUCUAUCCUCUCUCAUAUCGUACAAUGUUUUCGCAUUUGGAAUUGAGAUAUCUGUUAUGUAUCUACAUCCGGCCUUCUAAUUUUCUGCUAUCUUCACUCUGUCACACGGCGUCGGUGUCAAGCAUAUUAUAUAAUGCUUUAACUAUAAGCUCUUUUCAGUUUUGUGGCAGUUGGGACCCAAUAAUAUUAAUUGAAUUCCAUUUUGAAGCUUGAAGCCAA